UGUUUUAUGUUUAAUGUGUGUGUCUAUGAGUACGAGGUGUGCAGUUGCCUAAAUGAUAAUGUAGUAUCUCUGUGUGUAGUACAGGAAAUGACAGACACUUAACACAUAAAUAAUUAUUAUAAAAACGGAACGCUACUAGUAUCGCGCGAGCACCUAACCAAAUCGUAAUUAAGAGUUUCGAUAAAAUAUAAUCAUAUUACACAACUCAUAGGAAAACAUCAUACGUACAGUGUUCAGCGUUUAUCGAUCAUUAUUAAGUUGGACAUUUUCGUUUUUGAUGAAUAGUUUAAGAAAAUACUAGAAGUGAAUCACAUUCAGUACUUGGCAUAAAAUCGCUGGAGAAUUGUCAUAAUGAUUUGCUUGGAACGUAUACCGUCGGGAUGUGAAAUGUUCCUUUCGGAUUUAGACAAAAUCCCUUGUAUGCAAAUCGGAGAAUUUACUCUUCGUUUAGAAUUAGACGAUGAUUUAUCUCCAGAGCUACAAGAAGUAGCCGAAAAACAACUUAGAGAAACACCAGAAAAUCAGGAAAAAGCCAUUGCCGAACUGAGACGAUUACUCGAACAAGAUAAAACUAUAAAUGUUCCAUUAGAUAAAAAUAGUUGGCUUAUAAGAUUCCUUCGCCCUACCAAAUACUACCCGGGAAGUGCAUACAAAUUGAUGAAGCAAUAUUUUGAUUUUAAAUUAAAGCAUGCAAAUGUAUUCAAAGAUUUAGUACCAAGAAACGAGAAGAACAUUUUUGAACACAAUAUUUUAACUGUAUUACCUAAAAGAGACCAAAAUGGUCGUCGAAUUUUAGUCAUUGAAUUAGGAAAGAAAUGGAAACACAAGAAGUGUUCAUUAGAUGAGGUUUUCAAAGGUGCUGUAUUGUACUUAGAAGCCGCCAUGUUGGAGCCGGCUACCCAAGUAGCGGGAGCUCAAGUUAUAUUUGACAUGGAUGGAUUAUCUUUACAGCAAACUUGGCAAUUUAGUCCUCCAUUUGCCAAACGGAUCGUUGAUUGGCUUCAAGAUAGUAUACCAGCUCGAAUUAAAGGGAUUCAUAUAGUUAACCAACCAGUACUUUUCAAUGUCGUUUUUAACUUGUUUAAACCAUUUUUGAGAGAAAAAUUACGAUCUAGGAUUAUUUUUCAUGGAACUGAUCGUGUAUCUUUACAUAAACAUUUAAGCCCCUCUUGUCUCCCAAAACACUAUGACGGCACAUUGGAAAUUCCUUUAAUCACUGGUCUUCAAUGGUAUGAAGUUUUAUUGCUCGCAGAAAAGGAAUAUGAAACGCUUAACCAAUAUGGUACGGUUUCAAAAAAAUAGUUACCGAAGAUUUGGCUACUAUUAAAUAUUUACUAUGAAAUUUUACACUCAUUGUGGACCAAAAUUUAUAAUCAUACAUAUUUAUAUACUUUAAUCUUCUGGUGUGUGUAAGUUUGUUAUCGUUAAAAAAAAUUGUUCUAAAUUUAUUAUUUAAGCAAAUUAGUUAUACUUUUUUUUAUUAUGGCUCAAUUUUACCUAAGUUAUUCUAUGAUUUACUUUUACUCUUUUAGUAAUUUAUUCACUUAUGCAAUGUCUUUUUACGUGAUAUCUUAUUAAUUUUAUUGUGUUCUCUUUUUACUUUUUUUAUUUACAGAAAAAUUAUAGGAUAUUUAUGAAAUAAAUUUACCAAUAAUUUUGCUCAUUGGAUUUUUAUUUUAAACUUAAUGUUUGUAUUAUUGUUUUUAUAUUCCUUUUAUUAUAAUAUCUCUAUUUAUUUUUAUUUUUAAACCAAAAUUAUACAAAUUUUAAAAUUAAUAAAAUUAUUGUUAUUAAACAUA